GAGUCUCGAGGCCGAGUCCAGCUCCUCCGAGGGAGGGACCCCAGCUGGGGUGGAAAACCUGCACGGGGGAGCCGCAGAGACGCGCCGCGCUGAUCAUGGAGUGGGCCGGCCCCGGCUCCGCGCGGCCGCAGCAGCAGUGGGACCAGGAAUCGGUCGAAGCGUGGCUGGACGAUCACUGGGACUUUACCUUCUCUUACUUUGUUAGGAAAGGCACCAGAGAAAUGGUCAAUGCAUGGUUUGCUGAGAGAGUUCACACCAUCCCUGUGUGCAAGGAAGGCGUCAGAGGCCACACAGAAGCUUGCUCUUGCCCCUCGCAGCAGAGUCCCCAUGCAGAGAGCAGCGUCCCUGGAACACCAACCAGGAAAAUCUCCACCUCCGAAUUUGAUCGGCCUCUUAGACCCAUUGUCAUCAAGGAUUCUGAGGGAACUGUGAGCUUCCUCUCUGACUCAGAAAAGAAGGAACAGAUGCCUCUAACCCCCCCAAGGUUUGAUAAUGAUGAAGGGGACCAGUGCUCAAGACUCUUGGAAUUAGUGAAAGAUAUUUCUAGUCACUUGGAUGUCACAGCCUUAUGUCACAAAAUGUUCUUGCACAUCCAUGGACUCAUCUCCGCUGACCGCUAUUCCCUGUUCCUUGUCUGUGAGGACAGCUCCAACGACAAGUUUCUUAUCAGCCGCCUCUUUGAUGUUGCAGAAGGUUCAACACUGGAAGAAGCUUCAAAUAACUGUAUCCGCUUAGAGUGGAACAAAGGCAUCGUGGGACAUGUGGCUGCUCUUGGUGAGCCCUUGAACAUCAAAGAUGCAUAUGAGCACUGGUUUCAUGAAGAGCUACUGGUGUUCAUAGGAUUCAGUGCUGCUGAACACAAGAGAAGCCCUUCCGUUGAGGUGGACACCCACAGCCAAAAUACUACAUCCUCUGAGGGAGCCAAUCAUACCCUGCUGAUCCACAGCCCCGUAGAACUCAAAAGAGGCUGGAGGAGGCAGAAGCAGCACCUCUUCUUAUACAGCGAUGUGUUGCUUAUAUCUAAUACCAAGUGCGUAUACAUGGCAUGCUCUCCCGAGGAUCAUAAAAUUGCACAUUCGCUAACCCUUAUUGUAGGAAAAUAUGACAGUGUCUCUCUUGCCUGGGGCUUGCAGACAGAUGAUAAAAAUAAGAGGGGGAAAUUACAGAUUGUGAUGAGUGCUUCUGAUACAAGGGAGAUAGGGUACUGUGUAGAAGAUGGGACCAUCUUAGAGAGGGGUUGUGCAGGAGAACCUCUCAAGGCGGCAGCCUCUAAACUGGACCUGCGGGGUGAGCAGCAGCCACCAUCCCCAGCCAAGGUGCAUGAGUCUCCUAGGCGUCUAGGCCCAAGUGGGUGCGGCUCAGUCCCCUGGAGGGAGGAGUUCAGGGGAGGCCAGUGUGACUGGAUCCUGAAGCAGGGGGUGUGA